ACUAGUAGUUCUUUAGUUCCUAACCUAGACAAGUCAAAAAUACUUAUUUUCAAUAAGUUUACAAUGUUUUCAAAAAUGUUAAAUUUACACAAAACGUGUAUAAUAUACAAUAUUAGAAUGCAGCAAUUACACACACACAUGAAAUUAAAUCAAUUAACAAAACCUGCCUUAAGAGGCCAACAACAAAAAUUUAACAAAAUAACUCCAUUUGGAGUGUUUUUAUUAAUUAUACCAGCGUCUGCAUUUGGUUUGGGUACUUGGCAAGUGCAAAGGAAAAAAUGGAAAGAAGGUCUUAUAGCAGAUUUAAAAGCCCGAAGUAAUUCUGAUCCAGUUGAUCUACCAAACAAUUUAGAUGCAAUUGAAGAAUUAGAAUACAAACCUGUAAGAGUGAGGGGACAUUUUAUUCAUGACAAAGAAAUGUUCAUGGGACCUAGAUCUCUGCUUGUUAUGGGAGAUGCCUCCACCAAAAGUUCUUUAAUAUCAAAUAAAACUAAUACAGCACAUGGAUAUCUUGUUGUUACUCCUUUUAAACUGGCAGAUAGAGAUGAAACCAUUCUUGUCAAUAGAGGUUGGGUUCCAUCUAAACAUAGAGACCCUAAAACUAGGCAAGGUGGUCAAGUUGAAGGUGACAUUAAUUUAAUUGGUGUGGUGAGGCUGCAAGAGGCCAGGCCCACUUUCUCAAUGAAAAAUCAGGAAGGAUCUAACAUUUGGUUUUACAGAGACCUUAAUCAAAUGGCAAACAUUGCCGGAACUGCACCUAUAUUUUUAGAUGCUACUGAUGAUUUUCCAGUUAAAGAAGGUCCCAUUGGAGGUCAGACAAGAAUUUCUUUAAGAAAUGAACAUAUGUCAUAUAUACUCACAUGGUACAGUUUAUUUGCUGCUACUAGUUUAAUGUGGUAUAAGAAAUUCAUUCAUUAAGUUUUAGUUUUAAUAAAUUUAUAUGAAAGUUAUAGAUUUGAAAAGUGUUGAGUUAAAUAAAGUAUUUAAUAAAA